GCGGACGCAAGGGCAACGCGCGCGGGGGCGGGGGCGGCGGCGAUGAACAGCGCGGCGGCGACAGGGGCUUCGACGGGCGCGACGGGGGCGAGCGCGGCGGCUGCAUGGGUCGCGUCGAGCGCGACGAGGGCACGCCCGAGCGCGAGGGCGGGCGCCGCAGCGCCCGCGUGGAACUCGAUGGCGACUACGAGCACGAGUCCCUGAAGGUGAAGGUGGCGGAGAUCGGCCGCCCGAGGGGUGGCCGGCACGCGCGCUUGGACAAGCCGCUGGCCCAGACGAAGGUCGACGGCGCGCUCGAUCAUUCC